UAUUUUUUUCUCAGUCUAAAAAUAUAUUCUUACAAGUUUGGAUAUUGUCUUCUACUAAUAUUAAACCUAUAAACAAAACAAAACACACACAUAUGAUGAAUUCUUAUCUGAUCACGUUCACUCUCCUCUCCCGAUACCAACAACUCUGCCUCCUCCGAACGCUUUGGCCGUUUAAAAUCGUCGCUAAAAAACAACUCGAGCAAGUGGGCCCGAGCUGGCGUCGCGGUGACCAUCACCGAUAUCAAACGGAUCCUAAGACUCUUGCUCGAAACGCGGAAACUUAUCAAGUUCCUCCUCUCUUCUUUAGGAUAUCAUAAGGACUCUGUGUUAAACCAAUGGCUUCGGAGAGCGGCUUAAACGGAGAUUCAAAUAUAGUAAAAGAAGCAGAAGUGAAGAAAACAGAGAAGAAAGAAAGAAGAUCAUGAGGAAACAAAAACGGUGCCGUUCUACAAGCUAUUUGCGUUUGCAGAUUCUUUCGACUUCCUUUUGAUGAUCCUGGGGACGCUUGGAUCUACUGGAAACGGUCUUCGCUUCCCUAUUAUGACCAUACUAGUAGAUGCUUUUGGAGAGAACCAGACGGACUCAAAUGUUGCCGACAAAGUAUCUUUUAAGUUUGUAUGGCUUUGGAAUCGGUACUUUUGCCGCUGCUUUUCUCCGUCUCUGUGGGUUAGAAGAAACCUAAUUGGACGGGAGAACUUUUGGGUUUUGGAUCCUACGAAUAGAGGCAGUUGGAUUUGGCGUGCUAUAGGCGACAGAUUUAGAUCUGUCAAUGAGAAAUUAACGGCUAUCUAGAAAGCAUUACAUAUCAAUUUGUGAAUCUUCAAUAAGUAAUGGGCUACUCGGAAAGACUCAGUUGGUUUUCUUCACAUUCAUACCAAACAGAAAAGAGUUUCAGUUCGUUUUGCUAUAUGAUUGUUUUAGAUAGUGCUUAUCGGGUCAAUAAGGAUGCGUCGUCUCCCGCAUACAUAUGUAUUCCCAAUACAUAAUAAUGUGAAUGUGAUAGUACGCUUUCAGUCAAGUAAACCCUGACAUUACUCCUCCUCGUGGUUCGUGGGUUUGUAUAUAUUGUCUCAUUGAGGUAUUUGUACUUUUGGAUAAAUUUAUUGUCUUCUACCU